UCCUACCUCUCCGCCUCAGAGGCUAAAGAUGGCUGAAGCACAUCCAUGGCCUAGCCGGUUCUUCUGUCACAGAUGCUCCGCAGAGAUUAGCCCUCGCCUUCCCGAGUACACAUGUCCAAGAUGUGAGUCAGGAUUUAUUGAGGAGCUACUGGAAGAAAGAAGUGCUGACAAUGGCUCCCUGUCUACCAUCUCCAGCGGAACACAAAACCAGCAACCAUUUGAGAACGCAGACCAGCACUUGUUUACAUUCCCUUCGGGCUACGGCCAGUUCUCACUGAGUGUUUUUGAAGACGCCUUCGAUUUUGGGGCCGGACUGCGAGAAGAAGAGAACCGGGAUGGCGAAAACCGCCGGGAAAGGGAGAAUGCGUCACGGCAGCGAUACAGCGCCAGGCAACCGAGAAGUCGUCAUGGUUCAAGGCGGCAAACAGGCAGGCAUGAGGGAGUUCCCACUUUGGAGGGAAUCAUUCAGCAACUAGUGAAUGGAAUCAUUGCACCUACUGCAAUGCCAAAUAUUGGUGUUGGACCCUGGGGUGUUCUUCAUUCAAAUCCUAUGGAUUAUGCAUGGGGGGCUAAUGGAUUAGAUGCUAUUAUAACGCAGUUAUUAAACCAAUUUGAGAACACAGGGCCGCCGCCUGCUGAUAGAGAUAAAAUAAAAAACCUGCCUUCAGUCCACAUUACAGAGGACCACGUGGCUUCAGGACUGGAAUGUCCCGUGUGCAAAGACGAUUACAGUGUGGGAGAAAAUGUGAGGCAGCUCCCGUGUAAUCACAUGUUCCACAACGAUUGCAUUGUACCCUGGCUGGAGCAGCAUGACACAUGUCCAGUGUGCAGGAAAAGCUUGAGUGGACAGAACACGGCCACCAACCCUCCAGAAUUAUCAGGGAUGAACUUUACCUCCUCUUCUUCUUCCACCUCCUCGUCAUCCUCCUCCACCCCUCAAUCCUCCAGCUCAACGAGCAACGAGAACUCCACAGACAACUCGUAGAGGAGCAUUUGUAUCAUGUCUCCCCCAUUUUUUUGAGCCAUUUGGAGCACACUGGUCUCCCCCUGACAAAUGAGGAAAGGCAGAAAACUCGGGUGCAUCUCACAAAGAAAAAAUCUUGAUUAUUAAAAAAAGAACCUGGUAUGUGAGAUGUGAAGGUUGUGCAUUUCUGCCGGACCGGUUGCUUCCGUUUUUUCCCCCACCAGGGAUCCAAGCAGAAGACUGGUGGAGGCCCCUGGAGGAGUGAAGGCUCUGUCAGGUACAAUGUGGGAAUGACACCUCAUGCAGGACAAAGAUUUUGGAAUUUAAUAGUUUUUGCCUGUGUGAAAAUGAAAAAAAGGAGAAAUGUACAUUCAUUUUUAUGAGUAGCGUUCAUAUAUAAUUAAUGACCUACCAUGCACUCAGGUGCACUUCCUUUUUUUCGUGGUUUUUGUUUUUGCAACGACUUCAUAGCAAGGCCCCCUUGCAGUUUUAACAUAAGAUCCAAAUGGAUUUUGACGUGAAAGCGAUUUUUAUAUUUUACCUGCAAGCCUAGAAAAAUAAUGUUCCCAUCCUCAAGGCAGUUGAAACAUUUCAGUGAAUUGUGCAUUUUAACCUCAAGGGAGAAUUGCGAUCUUUUCUAAGGUUGCCAAUUGAUUUGCAGUAUGAUCAUGUAUGGAGAAUAUGUGGAAAUAAAGAUGUUGGGUGAAAACACCCAAGGAAAACUUGGUGCGGUGCAGGUUUUCUUGCUGUUUACAACCGCACAUAAAUCAUAUUAGAACAAAGUAACAAAUAUUCUUACAAACAGGCGUCCACUGUCUAACUGAAUGCAAUGCCUUCCCAGAAGAUAACUUGAAGGCUCAGGAAGUGACUUCAAAGCAAAAUAAGA